AGGUAGCACACGAGGAACUCCAACAGACAGUCAUUAAUUAACUCUAGCCGGGUGAGGAUCCAACAGAGACUGAGUACUCAGUACGAGCAAAAUUGGCAGACGUCCAACAAGGAAGUGAUCAUCAUCAUCAUCAUCCUCAUCAGUUUAUGUUGCAAGUGGCCUAGUGAGAGAAAGAGUUAGCAUUUUCUGAGAUCUGUUAGUUUUUUUUUGUUGUGUGCUUGGUUGAUUGUGAUCGAGUAAAGAUCAAAAGGAUUGACCUGAACUUGAAGCUUUACUGCAGCAAGCGCGAACGACUGCGUGUUUUUCGUUUACAUAAGAUUUUUUUUUUGGGUGCAGUAAAUGUAACCGUUGAAAAUGCAUUUAUCGAACGGAACUGGAAUAUUGUUUCCCACGCUGAUGUAUUUGGCGAACUACAAGGAAAACGACAGCCUAGUCACGAUGUAUCCCACCGUCAACGAGGAGUACCGAGCAGACCCAAACAACGUGGUUUGCUACGGCGUUUACGGAUGUUUUCCUAUCACACCACCGUGGACGGACGAACGGCGUCCGAUUGCGCUGUACCCGGAGAAACCGUCGAAGAUCAACGUUCGCUUUCCGGUGUUCAAUAAGCAGACUCGAUCGAUACCGAAGUUUAUCAACCUGGACGAUCCGGACUACCUGCAUCAGGUCGGCAUCAAUCCGGCGGGCAAGAUAUACUUCAUCGCUCAUGGUUUUCUGCAGUCCGGUAAGGUGAAGUGGAUCGAGCAGAUGGUCAAUCGUCUGUUGGAUCAGGACCAGCAGGGUACCGCGACGUGCGUCGUGGUCGAUUGGGGUGGCGGUUCCAGUCCACCGUACAAUCAGGCUAGUGCCAACAUUCGACUGGUCGGGGCAAUCACGGCCAAUGUCAUUCACUUGAUCUACGAGGAACUAUCUCUGAGGAACUUGGACAACGUUCACAUGAUCGGCCACUCGUUGGGAGCACAUCUGUCCGGGUAUACUGGGUUUUAUUUGCAGAAGGAUUUCGGUCUGAAACUGGGACGUAUCACCGGAAUGGACCCGGCGGAACUGGCAUUCACCGAGACAAAUCCAAUCGUUCGGUUGGACACCACCGAUGCCAAGUACGUGGAUGUGAUUCAUAGCGAUGCGACACCUUUCGUGCCGAAGAUCGGUCUGGGAUUGUAUGAACCGAUCGGUCAUCUGGAUUUUUACCCGAACGGUGGCUUCAAUCAACCCGGUUGCGAGCAGACCUUCUGGAAGCGCAGGGACGGUUCGUUCAUAUCCAGUAUGUACCAGUUCUUCAGCUGUAGCCACGUGCGAUCGGUGAGUUUUUUCAUUGAGAGCAUUCAGACCAAGUGUCCCUUCAUAGCGAUCACCUGUGAAAGCUACGAAAAGUUCCUGGCCGGCGACUGUUUCGAGUGUGAACGCGAUGGUCACAUGUGCUUCACGUUCGGAUUCAACAGUUUCGAUAGUUUCCGUAGGAUGGAACACGCCAAUCAAAUCGUUGGCAAUCGUGACAUUCAGGCCUACCUGAUGACGGGAGAGGGGGAACCGUUCUGUCGUACCCACUAUAAAGUGUUGAUCAAAGUGUCCGAUUCCGAGGAAAGUGUUUUGCACGGGGGCGAAGUUGGACGGUUCCAUCUCAGUAUCUACGGACACAAGGGCGAACACUCCGACAAGAUGGCCUUCACCAAAGAGUCAGAGUUGUACGAACCGGGUAGGAAUUACACUCGGGUACUGGCAGGAGCCGGAGUUGGUAAACCGCGAAAGAUUACCGUCAGCUGGGAGUACAAUACGAGUUUCCUGAACCCGUUGACGUGGCGAAUUCUCAACUCACCUCGGGUUUACAUCGAGUACAUCAUCGUGCAAUCGCUUGAAUAUAGAACUAGGAUUUUACUGUGCCCUAGCUACAACAUGCCCGUGACGAGCAACGUCGAUAGUUUGUUCACGCAGGAUAAGUGUCGAUUUUACCCGAAACCCUUGGAGACUGUGCUGAACUGAAGAAGGAGAAAUGAAAAAACGUUUUACCCCAGCAAAGUGUGUCAGUAAUCGCCAUAUCAAUGCAACGCAUCAAUGCACCCAACUAUUAUUUAUAUUAGAGUAGUACCGAUCGAGAAGUAAUUUAAUUUAAAAAUAAAAAUAACAUUAGAACAUUU